AUGGUUAGUGCUUGGUCAAUUGGCACAGGAAAAAGAGGUGAAUUCAAGAGCAGUUCAAUGUUCGCUCCUGGUCCUGGUGCAUAUACAGUCGAUAAAUUUUCUAAGAUCAUUCCUCCUAAAUGGAAAUUUGGUUCUUCUAAUCGUUAGUCUUUGGUAACUAAUGACGCUCCUGGUCCUGGAUAGUACAAUCUUAAGAACAGUUAAUCAGGCCCUAAAUUCUCUAUUGGCACUGGAUCAAAGCCUAGAGUUGAGACUUUCUUGUUUGUCCCUGGACCAGGCGCAUACAACCCUGGAAAAACUAUUUACUAAUCUUCUCCUAAUUACAGUAUGGGAAUGAAACACUCAAAUUCUGAAUUACAUCUCUAGCCAGGCCCUGGUUAGUAUGAACACAAAUCAUCUGUGUUAAAUCAACCUUCUAUGAAGUUCCCUCUUUCUACAAGAAACGAACUCUAUCAGGGAACAAAUACUCCUGGUCCUGCAAAUUACAAUGUUAGCAGACCCUCAUCAGCUGCUCCUAAAUUUGGUUUUGGAACAAGCCAAAGAGACUAACUAUAUGCAAGCUAGUAAACUCCUGGACCUGGUUAAUACGAUCAGAGGAGCUGUAUUGAUCUAAGCAAGGGUGUUACUAUGAUUUCAAGAAGAGCUAAUGGUGUUGCAAACGAAAUUGCUAAAUUCCCCGGCCCUGGAGCUUAUAAUCCUACAAGUAAGAACAAAAAGCAAAAUCCUGCUUUUAAAAUAGGCACAUAAACAAGAGACACAUUUGAUAGAGAAAUAGAUAGCAGACCUGGACCUGGAGCAUACUCACCUCGUAUCGAAGCCAACAGACCUUAAUCACCUUAAAUAAAGGUUGGUUCAGAUUAGAGAAAGCCACUAAAUAUGACUAUUAAUAAUCCCGGCCCAGGCUAAUAUAAUGUUCGUCCUCAAACUGCAGAUGGCCCUAAACUCUCUUUUAAAGGUGUUUCAAAGCCUGAUCCAGUAGAAAGAGAAAGAAUGAAAGUACCUGGUCCUGGUUCUUACUAACCAAGUGAAAUCUUUAUUAAGGAAAGACCUAGCUCAGCUAAAAUUGGCACAAGCUUAAGACCCUCAAUGUACAAGCUUAAAGAUGCACCUGGCCCUGGAAAUUAUAAUAUUAGAGCAGGAGAACAUGGUCCUAAAUGGGGAUUCGGUACAAGCUUGAGACCUCAAUCAAAGAGAGGAGAUGAACCAGGCCCUGGUGCUUACAAUAUUCCAGUUUAUUUUGCUGAUGUACCAAAGUUUAUGAUGACAAGCUAACCCAAAUUUAACUAUCCAUGA